AUGAGCGUCCUCCUAACGUAUCGAGAGGCAGCUUCGGGGAUCGUGGGCUCGAUAUCUCUUGCUUGCUGGAUAUUUCUCCUGGUCCCCCAAUUGAUCGAGAACUACAAGAAUGGCAAUGCCAGAGCUAUAUCCUUCGCCUUUAUCCUCGUCUGGUUUAUAGGAGACAUUGCAAACCUGAUUGGAGCUUUAUGGGCCAAGUUGGUCCCCGUGGCGGUUGCCAUAGCCGUAUACUUUUGCAUUGCGGACGGAGUCUUAAUAUGCCAGUGCAUAUACUACAACGAGAAAGCCUCACGGCAGCUGAAGAGACCGGUUUCGAGUCAUGCAGAGCAUAAUGAGGAAGGUGAUGAUAGAGCCCACGUUCCUCAGCCAACGACGCCGCUGUUAAGCCGACGGAUGAGCGAGAAUCUAGGGCAGAGCGGCCGGAGAGGGCCCGAUGGCAACUUGUCCAACCACGACCCGUUGGCGAAGAUGCUGGAAGAGGAUGAGCCAGAGAGCACCUGGGCUAAGAAUAUACUGAGUUUAUUGGGUAUUUGCACUGCCGGUGCUGCUGGCUGGGUGAUCGCCUGGAAGACGGGGGCAUGGCAACCGACCCCUACCCAGCCGAUCAAAGGUCCAGGUGAGAUGGCUGUGGGAGCCCAGAUCUUUGGGUAUCUCAGCGCAUUGUGCUAUCUAGGCGCUCGGAUUCCACAGAUUGUCAAGAAUCACAGAGAACGGUCAUGCAAAGCAGGGCUCUCCCUUUUAUUCUUCGUUUUUUCUUUACUUGGCAACGCUACGUAUGGAGCAGGGAUUUUAUUUCACUCUACGGAACGAGCGUACAUUUUGACAAACCUACCGUGGCUCCUAGGGUCGCUGGGCACAAUUAUUGAAGAUAUUGUCAUCUUCAUCCAGUUCCGAAUAUACGCAACUCGGGAAGCGCCGUCUUUGGCAGCAGCCUAG